AUGAAAUAUUUUGAAAUCAAGAGAAAUAUUGGUUACAUGUUUUAUCAAAAUGGUUUCGGUAACAUUUCAGGAUAUCAAAAGGAGUUUCUUACCUAUUAUCUGAAUCAAUUCAAUGACAUUCCACUAGUUAGAAAACACAAUGCACUCUUUUAUCCAUUUUCUAGUGAAAAAUACGUUUUAGAUUAUGAAUUACAAUCUCAGUAUUAUUACAAUCAGUCAACUUCAUUCAUGACCAUUAAUGAAAUGUAUUGUUAUGAAAAAUUCAGUGACGAGUACAAUGUUUGUUCUAAUGAAGUUGAUAGAAACGCAGAGAUUGUGUAUGAGUCUGUUAUUUGGGCUACUGUCAUUAUUGGUUUUCUAUUCUAUUUGGCCUUGUUGACAGUUUGUAAAACCAAAUCUGUGAAAAGAAGAUUGACAGCUCCUUAUGCAUUACCUAUUUUGAUAAUUGUAUUUAAUAUUAGCUUUACAUCAUAUACCCUUUCAUGUCGAUCUGUCAAUUAUGUAUUGAGUAUUUGCUUUUUAUCUGCCAUUGUUGGAAUUUAUGGAUUUUCCCUAAUAAGAUUUUCCUACCUCAGAUAUCUUUAUCUAUUUCUUUCAAAGGCAAAGAGCGAAACUACUAUCAAGAUUCACAAGUUUCUGGUAUCCAGUUGGUUUGGUAUCAUUGGUUCAUUUGUGAGUGGAUUUACCUAUGCCUGUAUUUGGAUGAUUAUUUGCAUUCCUUAUAUAGUUGAUCAAAAACAAUACUCCUUACAAGCCGAAUUGAAUAUAAUGAACAAUAUUGGUUCCUUGAUAAUUCUAAUUGAUAUUGCCUUAAACUGGAAAAAGAUUAAGGAUAAGGGUCUGUUGAAUUUUCUUUCCUUUGAAGAUCCAUUUGGGUUGAGAAUUGAUUUGAUUUAUUUCUUGUGUAUCAUGUUAAUUACCAUUGUGAUUGCAAUUUGUUCUCAAUUCACGUAUGAUUAUGAGGAAGUUGUGACCUCUGUGUUGUCAUCUCUCGCAUGCUUAUGUACAUACGGUCUUGGGGGAGGAACAGCAAUUGUAUUGGAAUGGAGAAGAUUUAUUUUAAAGAGGAGAAACGCAGUUUCAGAUAAUAUUAAACAAGAAUCUAGAUUGGAAGAAUUAAUGAAAGAUGACACUUUUAAGGAAUUGUUUAAAAUGUAUUGCGCUAAGGAAUUUUCACUAGAAAAUGCACUCUUAUAUGAAGAAUUAGAAAAUCUGAAAGAGAAGGAUGAUGUAUUAGUGACAGUGGAAACUUUCAAACAUUUAUUUGAAACUUACUUUCAAUCUCUUUCAAAAUAUGAAGUCAAUCUUCCAUCGCCAGCAAAGAAGGAACUUGUAUCUAUCUAUGAAAAUCAACAACCAGUCAAAUUGUCCCUCAUUAGAAAUAUUGUAACAACUGAGUUAAUGUUAAAUCUUAAUGAUACUUUUGAACGAUUGAAAGAAACUUCUGAAUUCAAAAAGUAUUCCUUCUCUAGAGACAUUCAAUUAAAGAACAGUAUUGUUUAA